CCCACACACAUCACACCAUACAUCUUACACCGUACACAAAGUCAUCCGGUGAGAAUUGACAGUAGCUCUGUCCUUAGCCGAACCCUUAUUCCCGGAUCAACUUUCAUCAACCUGUGGUCAGGUUUGGCACAAUAUGUCAGCCUGCGGUUCUACUCAUGACUCACACGAUGAAAAUGAGAGCUACGGUGAUAGGGACGUGCUUGUUUGCAUGGAAGGUCAAAGUGAGGCCUCCGUUCAAAGCCUGACGCCAGACAUCAUGCAGUCAGCAAACUCGGAAGAAUCAGGCUUAGAAACGCUCAUCGACCACAUUCCCGACCAACCCCAAGAGAACACAACGAAUUGCCAAGCUCAAAACCAGACGAGCACACCCCCCAAAAUCGGGACACGGUUCUCUUCCAGUUCUCUACGGAUCCUAAGACAUUGGUUUUCAAGCCAUGAGAGACAUCCUUACCCCAAUUCCGAAGCUGUAGAGCUUCUCAAACACCAAACCGGUCUCAGCAGACAGCAGGUGACCAGCUGGUUCGCUAACGCCAGGCGACGCUCCAAGUUCCAGCUCUCGCGACCGUUAUCACCGCUCACUCGAGGCUGGACUGAACCUCCGCCGUGUGCCCAGACUGAACGGAUGGAAAUCCCUCGACGACGCGCGACGCCUGUGCCGUUCCAGGACAUGAAUCCUCUCCAGCGAUGGCAGAACUCGCCCCCUGAACACGAAGCUGCUACGGCGUCCGAUAUUUCCCGUGCCGUGGUUGCUUCAUCGAGUACGACCUCGUUGCAGAAUGCUUCGCGAGCUUCUGGAAUGUCUUCUGGCAAUGCCUCAUCUGUUGGUAGCGCGGCUACAUCGCAAUCGAGCAAAGGCGUUUGGUCCGAAACCUCUGCCAAUUCUCGCCGCUCGUGGAAAACCUCGACAUCUUUCGAUUCUGGAAAACGAGGUUCUACCCGGAGGAGACGCCGCGUGACGGCCGGGCGCCAGAAGAGCAAGCACCUGACGUUGCGCCAAACCUGUCAUACCUACCAGUGCACAUUUUGCAUCGAGACAUUCAAGACCAAGUAUGACUGGCAACGCCAUGAGAAGUCGCUGCACCUAUCCCUCGAGGAAUGGGUGUGUUCAUCAAGCGGAUCUACGGCGCUGCACCAAGAAAAAGGCGUCGUAUGCGUCUACUGCGGCGAGAUCAGUCCAGACCAAGCACAUUUGAAUGCCCACAACUACGGCACCUGUCUGGACCGGCCCCUUGAAGAGAGGACAUUCUACCGCAAAGAUCACCUUCGGCAACAUCUUAAGCUGGUCCACUCGGCUGGGUACUCGCCAUGGCCCAUGGAACAGUGGAAGGUGGCAAUCAAGGAGAUCCGGUCUCGCUGCGGAUUCUGUGGCGUCGUCCUGGACACUUGGUCAGGCCGAGUCGACCACCUAGGCGAACACUUCAAGAGUGGAAGUACAAUGGAAUUUUGGGAAGGGAACUGGGGAUUUGAUGCGCAGGUCAUGGAAAUGGUGGACAAUGCAAUACCGCCUUAUCUCAUUCACCAAGAACGGAACUCGCCUCUUCCCCUUUCCGCAACCCAAGGGCCAGCCCAUACACCGACUAGUGCCUAUGAACUCAUCAAGCUAGAGUUGGAGUACUACAUGCAGAAUUAUUUCGACACGCACGGCUUGCUCCCUUCAGACCACGAGCUUCAAUACGAGAGCUGCUCCAUCGUUUUCGGCGCUGAAUUUCUCGUGCAAUCUUCGGCCCCGAUGGCGCCCUCUUGGCUGCGAGAUAUCAUCAUGUCAUCCGUUGAGAUUGCCGAGCAGGCACGUCUACGCCCUAUGAAGAACGCCGCAGAGUCUCGGAUGAGCCAGCUCAAGAUCAACGGCAAACUGAACAUUUUCGACCAGUGUGAUUUAGAACACCAACUAGCCUGUCAAAUUGCAAUGCAUGAUGCCCUGGGCCUUGCUCUGUCAGAAGUCGAGAUACAGCAAGAGGCAUGCAACGUUCUGCGCCGUAUCGAGGCCUCUUCGCCGAACCCCUCCUAUACAUUCUUAGAAUUCUUGAUCAGGCUUAUUUGGGGCUCAAAUCACUGGGUUACGGCUUUGCGAGAGCGGACGCAGGUUCAAUCAGUCGGGAGCAUUGCAGAUGAGGACAUCCUUUUCGGCGUUAACAAUAUUGAGCCUUUGGCUCCGCUACCUUACCCUACUGACACACCAGUGGCAUUAUUAAAAUCGAUUCAGGAUAAUGCUAACCUCACGCACACUCCAAAUCAGGGAGGGAUGGCAUUGGGUGGUCUCGGGCACACUCCCAGUCUCGCCCUCAGGACUCCUCUGUCUACGGAUAUCAAUGAUCUGCCCAUCGCUAAUUACGAAUGGAGCUUGAGCACGUCCUUGGACUCUACGGACAAUGGCGACUAUUCUACCGCAUGGAAGCCUGAAAAAAUGUCUACAGCCGCUGCCUCCGUGUCCUCAUUCAGUGGCGGAAAAACACACCCAUUCUUUCUCAACGACAAGAACUGCUUCCGUCGACUAGCGAGAGAGCUGUCCCGGUUCGUGGCGAGCACCAUGUCACCCAAGAACCCCAACAGCCACGUACCUGUCGACGACGAACUCAGAUACCAGGCGCGUUGGAUUCUGUACGAUGAUGAUGAUUCAUGGAACCAGACUCCUGCCGACAAUGUUGAGUGGCUUCGCGAGUUCAAGCGCGAUGUUGGUCUUCUUGUAGAUGAUUCAUCAAGUGGAACAGACCAGAAAGGAGACCCCCAGUUGGCAGAAGGAGGAACUCCGAGUUUCAACUUGGAGAAGGCCAACACUUGAUCAUGGGAGAUACAAGUUAGGAGUAGCCUCCCUCACCCAAUACGGACUGUGCAAUUUCCUAAUCUGCGUUCAUUAAAAUUCUGAUCGCGGAGACGAAAUCACGAGCCUCCCCGGGAUCUAUCUCAACUUGGUGUUUCGCUGUCGCUACCCUCACAAUAGUUCCAAACGAGAGCAUUAAGAUGUCAUACCGGACCUGGAUCCCAUAUUAAUAGGGCCUCGGUCUAACUCAAGGCCACCAACAAGGACACAAUGAGCGGCGGCAUUGUCAAGAUACCCCGAAUCAAAAUUUUCCUUAGUUUUAUACCCUUCACACAAUCGAACGCUGGUGGCCUUGGUUUCGCUCCAUUCCUAUUGAUAAAUGAAACAAUUCCGGAGAAUCAUUAAGCGGUGAGUGUAUCGCGUGCACGGGUAG